AUGCACAAAAUUUUUAUUGUUUUAUUGUUACUGGGUAUCCUCAUCAUGGGGAAACAUAGAAAAAAGUUGCUGGGAGAAGAAGUCUUUGAAGAAACGACGAAGGAAGAAGCUGGGACCAGUACUGAGGAAGAUUCUGAGAAAGAGCAGCGCAAGUAUAAGCCGUACUAUGUAUCUGACUACAACAGGAGGUACCCUGAGGACUCUGUCCUCAUUGAUUUCGUUGUCUUUGUAGAAUCUAAUGAUGAAAGAAGGCCAAUCGGCACGCAGGACAUGAUGUCUCUGUACACAUAUGAAGAGGUUCAAUAA